UCUGAUUUAUUUCUAUCUUCAAAUAUUAUUCAUAUUCUUAUCUAUAGAUUCAAAAUGAGAGAAGUAACCGUGCUUUCUUCAAGCAUGGUGCGACCCGAAAACAUAAACCGAUCGGGUCGUCGUGAAAAGAUCCAUCUAACUCCACAUGAUCUUGACCUUCUUUAUCUUUUUUAUCAUCAAAGAGGUCUUCUCUUCCACAAACCGGACCUGGAAAACCGUUUCAUUCCUCGAUUAACGGGUUCUCUUUCGACUGCCUUAGAGAUUUAUUUCCCGUUCGCUGGUCGUCUCGUCAAAGUAAACAAUCAAGAAGAUGAUACGGUGUCCUUUUACAUCGACUGUGAUGGUUGGGGUGCCAAAUUUGUCCACGCGAAAGCUGAAUCUGUCACCAUGAAUGAUGCCUUUCAAUCUCAUGGUUAUGUUCCUGAUUUCAUACCACAAUUUUUCCCAGCGAACAAUGUCCAAAGCCGUGAUGCCCUUGUCUCGGAGCCCUUGCUUGCAUUGCAAUUCACCGAGAUGAAAGAUGGAAUGUUCAUUAGUUUUGGUUACUACCACAUGGUGGCCGAUGGUUCUUCCUUUUGGAAUUUCUUCCACACUUGGUCCAAGAUUUGUCUGAAUGGUUCGGAUUCUAAUAUUCCUUUUGUUCUCAAAGAUUGGUUCUUUGAAGGGAUCGAUUACCCGAUACAUAUUCCGGUUUUAGAGAUUGAGACUCUACCACGUUGUGAACCUUCAACUAAAGAGAGAGUUUUUCACUUCUCAAAGAAGAAAAUUUCAGAUCUCAAAGUGAAAGCCAACUACGAAAUUGGCACCAUGGAUCUGAAAAUAUCGUCGCUUCAAGCGGUUGUGGCAUAUCUAUGGCUAUCAAUCAUCACACACAGUGGUCUAAACCGAGAAGAAGAAAUGCAAUGCAAAGGAGCGGCGGAUAUGAGACAGCGGCUAAACCCUCCUCUCAAGAAAGAGUGUUUUGGGAAUGUAACCAAUCUCGCAACGGCUACAACCACUGUGGGAGAGCUGUUGGAUCGUAGGCUAGGCAAGACUGCUUUGCAAAUAAGUAAAACGGUAAAGGUAGAAACGAAUGAGAGUUAUGAAAAUAUUGCAAAGAAUUGGGUUAGAAAUGUUAAGAUGCCAAAAACAUCAGUUGGAAGAUUGGCUAAGAAUUCUUUGAUCAUCACAAGCUCCCCACGGUUUGAAGUGUACAAUCAUGAUUUCGGUUGGGGAAAACCAAUCGCGGCUCGAGCUGGACCGGCUAAUGGUACUGGUGGUAUGCUUGUGGUGUUUCGGGGAGUUGAAGAGGGGAGUAUUGGUCAUGCGACCUUAAAUUCUUCUUUGUGGUCUGAUGUACUAGUGAACCUAUUGAUCAAUGAUAUGAUUGGUCAAUAAAUAAAUCUUCUUAAUCAUGAAUGUGAUAGAGAACAAGUGAUAGUUGGAUCAA